UAUUUGUUAUUGAAUUUAAUAAUAGUGAUAUAUAAAGUGAAGCGUAAUUUAUCUAUGUGAAAUUCUCUAGAAUUUUUUUUUGAUAGUCAUUUUAUCUGUUAAAUUAAUUGUGUUCUUAUCUUUUCUGAAAAUCUCUGAUCGCAAUAUUCUGACACUUUGUAAACUGUCGCGAAUUCCUCAACAAAGUUUCGUAAGUAUAUUUAAAAAUAAACGUUUAUUAUUGUAUUCGAAGGUUUCGUGAAAUCCUACUUUUAUCACAAAAAAAAGUUUUAGAAUACAAAAUGCAGAGCACAUGGAGAGAUCGGGACAGGGACUUUCAAAAGUUCUUAGUCGGUGGAGAAACAACGCGACGUCAUUUGACGGAAGCUCUUUUUACAACAAAAAGAAGACAAUAUACACCAUUGCCAGGAUUUGAUCCCAAUAUUGAUGAAAAAGAAUAUUAUCGUCUACAACAAAAUAUCGAUUGCGACGAAGUUUAUCCAAAUAUUUUUCUUGGAGACUUUGAAACUGCAAAAAAUAAACCAUAUUUACUGGAUAAAUUGAAAAUUACGCAUUUAUUGAAUUGUGCUGAAGGACAGAAAUUUGGAUUUUGUCGAACUGAUAAAUAUUAUUAUAUAGACACUCCGAUAAAAUAUUUGGGCUUGCCUAUUUUAGAUGUACCGUCCCAAGAUAUUAGUCAGUAUUUUCAAACUGCUGCUGAUUUUAUCGAAGAUGCUUUAAAAUCAGGAGGAAAAAUAUAUGUCCAUUGCCUCGUGGGAGUUUCACGAAGUGCAACAUGUGUCUUAGCAUUUCUUAUGAUAAAAAGAAACAUGUUGGCUGCUGAUGCAAUAAAAAUUGUUCGUCAAGGCAGAGAUAUUCAUCCAAAUGAAGGAUUUCUUCAACAAUUGGCACAAUUGGACAAUUAUUUGCGUCGAUCAAGACUUUAAUUUGUUCCGAUUAUAGAUAAUCACUAUUAAUUUCCGUCGAUACAGAAAACAAAUCCUAAAAAAAAAGGAACAUAAUAUUCUAACGUACAAAGGCUGAUAGUAUGCACCACUUGUAGUGUUAAAGAUUUUGAUAACUUUUUUUUUCGAAAGAACUCGCUAAUCUAGUGAUUAAAAUUUAAAAUCAAUUUAUUGAAUAUUGAAUAUAGUCUUCAAUAUUCUCUGGAAUAAUAAUUAAUUGUUUAUACAUUUAAAAUGACAUGAAAAACAUUUGUAAAAUUAAAUUCUAUUUUUUUAGACUGCUGGCAGUCAUUUUUUUUUUAAAAAAAAAAGAUUAGACAAUUUUUUUUUUAGAAAUUAUGUUAAAAAUUAUUUAUUUUUAUAAACUAAGACUAAUUGAGAUUUCUUAUUUUUUAAAAACACACGCAACAAUAAUUACGGGUAAUGUAAAUGUAUAUUUUGAAAUUGUCUAUAUUUAUUUCGUACAAUAAAAAAUUUGUUUUAA